AUGUUAGGAAAGCACCGGAAGAGGAAAAUCAACCCUCCCGUCUACCCAGUCCACCCAAACGAAGAAAAAAAAAAAAAUCUUAACAACUUCAUAACCUACAAGGACCUGAAAAUACGAUGGAGGAACACCUCAAAAAAUUAUAGGAAAAAAGUGACGAUUGCCAGGAAGUGGAAGAAUUUGCAUUGCAUCUUUCCGAUGAACAAACAUUCCUGCAUUUUUAUUUUUCACAAAAAUUUGCCCUAUACUCGUUUUAAAAGGAAGGAAGGGAUUUGUGCUGAGGGGAGGAGCUAUGCGUCCCCGCAGGGGAAUAGUGCCACCGAGGAUGGGGCCGUCAAACAGAUAUGUGAUAAUCGUGACGGAGCUGUUCCAAGUGUAGCUGCCACUGCGCAAAGUGCAAAAAUGAAUGGCACGGUAACCAGGGGGAGGAAGGCCAGAAAUAGGAGUACGAUACAUAUGCGCCAAUUAGAGGGGGAGGCAUGUAAGGUAGAGGAAGAUCCAAGUCAACAGAAUCAUUCCUACGAGGUGGAUUCGAUCCCCCAAGAAGAUUCAACAGUCGAGUUGAACUACCACGAGGUACCCCCCCCAGAUGUGCAGCACCUGCUCCGCAAAGGAACAGAAGAUCUCUUCUGCAUUUUUAAGUCAAAUUUUACAAGUGAGCAUAAAGUAACAAUUGGAGAUAUUGUACAGACAGAAAAAAUACAUCGAAGGAAAGCAGGCGAUGUCGUAUACUUUGGAACAGUUCUCCUUGUGGGUUCCAAAGAUUUUACAAUAAUUGGGAAACCCACUGUGCCCUACUGCAGAGUGAAAGCCACAAUAGAGCAGAUAACUCUAAGCAAAGAAAUCUUAAGCUUCCGAUAUAAAAAAGUUAGGAGGUCAAGUAGGUUCCUUAGAAUCAAACACUGGAUCACUAUCCUAAAAAUAGAAGAUAUUAUUAUCGACACAAAGCAGCCUAUUAAGGAUGAGCGGAGAAAACCCCUACAAAUUUUGGACUUGUGGGCAAAUAGAUGGCUGUACGAAAGGGAAUUGAAUUUUAUUAAGUUUAAUGAAAAUGGCACUGCUCCUUUGGCCGAACAGAUUUAUGAUAUAAUUGAACACCAACCUAAUACUUUACAUCGCCGGGGACUUACCGACUGCUACCGAUUUUACCCUGACCCCAAAACCCCGCAGAGGUAUUAG